AUGUCAAAUAUCCAAGUUGUUGUUAGAUGUCGAGGAAGGAACUCUCAAGAGAUUGCUGCUAAAUCUCCUAUAGUUGUUGAAUUGACUAAUGAUAAUUAUUCUAUCACAGAACCAUAUAUUACCAUCAAUCAAGGUUAUACUAGGGCAACGGCCACAACCACCACCAAUAAUACCACCACCACCAACUCCAAUAAUACAGCUGGGGCAACACCGAAUACCAGCGCUUCAUCUUUAGACACAAACCUGAAACGAACAUACAAGUUUGAUCAAAUUUACGGUUCUCAAGCAGAUCAAAAUUUAAUUUAUUCCCAAAUAGCUCAUCCAUUACUUUUAGAUUUCUUACGAGGGAUAAAUGUUACUGUUUUAGCAUAUGGACAAACUGGUACAGGGAAAACCUAUACUAUGAGUGGGAUGGAUAAUAAUAAUAAACUUGAUGAGAAUUCAGAUAUUGCAGGUAUUAUCCCCAGAUUAUUAGGUGAAUUAUUUCAAAAUUUAUCCUCCAAUGCUACUAGUAAGAAUGAUUAUAUGGUUAAAAUUUCAUAUUUGGAAAUAUAUAAUGAAGAAUUGAUUGAUUUAUUAAGCAACAAUAAUAGCAAUAAUCGAAAAUUACGAAUUCAUGAAAAAACCAAUGCUAAUAAAGUGAAAUCUAUUGGGAUACAAAACUUAACUGAAUAUACUAUUAACAAUUAUAAUCAAGGGAUCAAAUAUUUGAAAAUGGGAUUACAGAAAAAGAAAACUAGUAGUACCAACUUAAAUGAAACCUCAUCAAGAUCACAUACUAUUUUUUCAGUACAAUUGUACCAGAAAAUAUCAUCAUCAUCAUCAUCAUCAUCAGAGAACGAUAAUGAAGAAUCAGUUUAUCGAAUUUCGAAAAUGAAUUUAGUUGAUUUGGCAGGUUCAGAAAAUAUUAGUCGGUCAGGAUCUAUUGUGAAAGAAGCUGGUGGGAUAAACCAAUCUUUAUUGACAUUGGGUAGAGUAAUAAAUUCAUUAAAUGAGAAAAAAUUACUGCAUAUCCCUUAUCGAGAAUCGAAAUUAACUCAUAUUUUACAAGAUUCAUUGGGUGGUAACACUAAGACUACUUUAAUAGCAACAAUUUCCCCGGCACAAGUCAAUCUACUGGAAACAUGUUCGACAUUAGAUUAUGCUAGUAAGGCGAAAAACAUCAAGAAUGCCCCCAUGAUUGGCCAUGAUUCAGAAAUAAUCAUGAAAAAGACAUUGGUUAAGAAUUUGGCCCAAGAAUUAACGUUAUUAAAUAUGGAUUUAAUUGCUACCAGGAAUAAAAAUGGUGUUUAUUUAGAUCCAGAAAACUAUGAUCAAUUGAUUCAAGAAAAUGAAUCAUUGAAAACGGGGGCUAAAGAAGAUAGAUUAAAAUUAGAACUGUUACAAGCGAAAAUUGAAACAUUAGAAUUCACUAAAUUAGAAGCCAAAGAAGAAAUUGAUAAUUUGAAACAACAACUACAAAGUUAUCAACUGAAAUUACAAAUAUUGGAAACUAAAUAUCAUAAAGCAGUUGGAUUAAAUCAAACUAAUCAAGAAACCAUAUGUGAGUUGAAUAAUAAAUUGAAACAAGCAUUUGAAAAAUCGUCGAGUUCAGCUGAAUUAUUAGUUAAUUUAUUAUCGAAUCAUUUACAUACUUCAAUUGGGUUAGUAAAUGAAAGUAGAAAUUUACAACAAGACAAUAAAUCUGUGGAUCAAUUAACUAAUUUCCAAUUGGAAUUCACCAAAAAUCUAGAUGAAUAUAAACAACAACUUGAAACAAAUUUGCAAAAUUAUCAAUCACAAGUUGGAAAUAUAGUGAAUGAAGAUUUAACUAAUUAUAUAUCUACAUUCCAAAAAAAUUUUGAUAAUUUAUUAACAUUUCAACAAGAAUUUUAUAACAAGACUUUUGAAGUGAUACAAGAUUUCAAAAUUAUUAAUGAAAAAUUAUCCGGAUUUUUAAAAGAUGAUUAUUUACAUAAUAUUGAAACUAAUUUAAAUUCUCAACUUGGCAACAUUCUUGGAGAGAAUUUACCAAUAUUAGUUGAUAAUUUCAAAAAAAUUAUGACUAAAGAAUUAAAAACGACAAUGAAUAAUGUUAUGGAUAAAUAUAAAACUGUAUCCAAUGAAGAAAUCUCGAAAGAACGAGAAAAUGUAUUGAAAAUGGAAAAUUCUUGGAAUAGUCAAAUCAACUGUUUAUUACCAAAACUAGAAACUGAUUUGAAUAAUAAUAAUAAAUUCCAUCACGACUGUCAAACCAAUUUACAAAAAUUCAUUAAUAAUAAUGAUAUAUGUGAGCGAAUAAAUAAAUUCCAACAAGAUAAUAAUUCACAAUUGGAUAAGAUAAAUCCAUUUGAUUUAAAACCUAAAUUGACGUCAUCAAUAAAUGGUAUAACUAAUGAUAUACAACAAUAUCAUAAUCAAAUGAAUAAUAAUUUAACUAAAAUUAAUCAAGAAUUAACCCAAAUUCAACAAUUUGAUGCCAAUACCAUGAAAAUAUCACCCAUUAAAGAAUCUUCAAGAAUACCCAUAACAACAGCGAAUAUGCCCAAUAAUCAAUUUAAACCAAUUAAAUUACAUCGAAGUAAUACUGCUUGUGGUGGUGGUGGUGCUACGGGCAAAUCUCCUUCACCCACAAGAAUACCAACAUUACAAAGAUCAAAAAGUAAUGUUCCUGAAGAUACAUCACCACAAGAUUCUACCACGACCAAUAAUAAUAAAAAGAGAAAAAUAUUACAAACAAUGGACAAUUUAUUAUGA